AUGACCGACCGCUCACAGAUUUGUGACUUGCUUUUUUGUAGUCGUCCAUUUGAAAUGACAUUCUCAUUCACAUUGCUUCUCCUUCCUCUGCAGACUCCAGACUCGCAACUCGCAACUAUAAAUAUACUCGGUACGGUAUCCUCGUGAUUCGACUCAUGACUCGAACUGUUAUAAUCGGCGGCAACUCUUCAGAUUACCGCCGCAUUACCGCGCCCCCCACGCCGGUAUAA